ACAAAAUAUGUGCGAUUAGUUUUUAGGUCGAAAACUGAUAAUUUCCUACGUGGAAUGGCUAUCUUGAAAGCUAAGGAAAGUUACUGUGUGCUUCUAUUAUCUUUAGUGUUUUCCUUAGGGCAGUCUACAACGAAUCAAGGGCUAAAGAAACCUGAUAAACAUUGCAUUCAUAUUGUAUCUAUAAACGUGCCAAGCGAUGACUCUGCACAAUCCACCAACAAUUAUGCCUUCAAAGCAAAUGUCAAAGAAGCUUUUCUCAGCAAAAAUCCUGGCUUAUUUCGUAUAAAACAUGGAGGAUUUUUGGGAAUCAAGGAAACUGUUGCAAUUGAAUCUGCGAAAAAUCCUGGAUACUACCUUCGUCACAAGAAUUACAAGUUCCAUCUACAAAAGGCUAUCAACUCUUCUUUUUUUGCGAAAGAUGCUACAUUCUACCUUUUAAAAGUCCAGAACGAUCCACCCUUGUAUGCAUUUGAAUUAUAUGGCCAUCCAUCGUGGUUUAUUAUGCAUAAUAAGAAGAAACACAUGUUAAUGCUUGGUCAUGUAAGAGGGUCAGAAAAUGAAGUAAUGGAUUCAACAUUUGCCUUCAAAAAAGUCCGCUGCCUUCAGAAACGUAGACAAGGACAAGUACAAAAGAAAACUGUGGUUGUUGGCCAUGGCUCAUUAAUGGAAGACCAGUCUGACGAUGAUUCGAGUGAUAUGGAACAUAACGAAGAAUAUGUUAACGACAAAAAUGCUAAAACCGCUCCUGCAUUUCAAACCAGCAUUAACGAAGUUGUCAUGAAAAGUGGCGAGAAAGAUGAACCAAACACGGCUUCUGUAACCGUGGCAACGGCAGAAUCUGGAAAUGUGGCCAAAAAAGAGCAAGAUAUCAUACACGAAGUAGAACAAGCAUUUAACGCGUCUCGCCCCCAACAGAAUGGAAGAUCAUUAGAUGUCAUGGAAAAAGACAUAGAAAGAAAAGUAAAUGAUUUAGCUUCAUCUUUGUAUGAGCAAGAUAACAAAAAGGCAUUUACUGACGAGACAAAAACUGCUGACGUAGUAAUACAGGACAAUGAUGUGGACAGUACCAGUACUGAACCUGAUACACAAACAGUAGAUCAGGAUGUUGUCAUCAAGACUGAAGAAUCUGCGUCUAAAAGUCAUGUUCUACCAGGCCGUUUCGUCCAUAGCACACAAGUACAGAAGACUAAUAAACCCACUCAAUUUAGUAAAAAAGAACUGAAGACUGUAAGCUCAUACAAAUUUACAAAAAAUGACAAAGCAAGUUCAAAUGUUGUGAAAGGCAGUCCAAAGCUUGUCAAUGAGCACUACGACAUUAUAGCCCGGGCAUCCCUUGCGAUACCCGAGGGAGCUAAAGAUAAACGACAGAGCAGGAUGAUGGGAUCAAAUGGCGAGCCAAAAGCAGACAACAACAAUCAGAUAAUCAAUAACCAAAACCAAAUCAAACGUUUACAAACGAAAAUAGAAAACACUAAACAACUUUUCGGCAGUCUGGGUGAGAGUGUGCACAUAGUAAACACAUCAGUUGCAAGAACUGACCACCAGGAUAAUCAUCCUUUACACAGCACUUCUUUGCUAAACAAUGAUAGCAACAAACUGAAGCCAAACGCAACUAAACCCUUUCAUCGAUAUAAUCCCCAGCAAAGGCUAAAUGGAACGCUUGCCACAAACGGAAGACCAGUGGUUUAUUUUUCAGAAACUUGCCAGAAUUCGCUGCCCAACGUUUGUGAGGUAUGGGCACAGAAAAGGUAUUGCCUGACUUUUAACGAGCUGAUGAAGCGUUAUUGCAGGAAAUCAUGUGGGCUUUGCGAUCCAAUUGUUACAACGGGUUUUAGUCCGUGCGACAAGUCGUGUGGAGGCGGCAUCCGACUGCGCAUGAUCAAAGUCAACAAUAGACAAGUACUUCAACGAAGAGCCUGCAAUACACACGAAUGUCCAAUCAAUGGUGGCUACACUCCAUUUUCUGACUUUAGUGAAUGCAGUGCCACCUGUGGCAGAGGAUUGCGCUACAAACACAGAACCUGUACACAACCCCCGCCGCAGUUUGGAGGAAAAGACUGCACAAGACUUGGAAGCCCCAUUAAAACCGUUGAAUGUCAUGUGGCUAAAUGUGAAGUUAACAACGAAAAGAAACUCAGUAAGGAGACUAAGGAAUCACAUUCUCUGAAGCAAGCAAACGAUGACUAUGAACACAUGCCAGAAUAUCAUGUGGAGAAGCUAAGCAAUGGAGGAUACACAGUAAAAAUAGACACCCCUAAAAAGCUAAAUUCUGGAAUAAUUAAGCAUAUCAGCGGCAAUUUGUAUCAAUAUGUAGACAGACAUGGAAAAAAGAAAAUUGUACGAUUAAAGGGAAGGCACGGUAAAUCGUUUCAUGAUCACCACGUUUAUCACAAAGGAAAACCAGUGGCAAAGCUCAAAUGUGGUGAUUCAAAAUUCCCAAAGUAUCACCGAGUGGAGUCCAACUUUCCACCGACCAGGUCAGGCCUUGACAACCAAAACAGAGAAUUAGAAGAUGAUGAUCCUUACAAGAUGUAUGAAGAUGGAAAAAUUAUGUACGAUAAGUAUGGGAUACCAAGUGGCACAACGGAUGAAGUCGUCAAGUCUUCGGCCUCACCAUACAAAAUUAUUCUCCACAAGAACAAGAACCACGAACUAGUUGUCAGGGAAGAAUGUCUGGAGUCCGACUCGUCUGUUAAUCCUGAUGAUGGUGAUGAUGAAAACAAAGACUUUCAAAAACCCACUCAAGGUUUUUAUGGUUACAAUUUUGACGAUCCCACUCAUUCAUAUGGGUCAUCCAAUCUAAUAGCUCAAAACACUUUGGGGAACGAAGUCAGGCAGGCUAUGGGAAGCAUAGGAAGAGCAAUUGACUAUGAUACAGAUGCUAUAGCAACGAGUUCUUUAAUGCAAAAAGAGGUACCAAAACUUACGUUAUCUGAAGAACUAGUAGCCGAAAAUGAAGAAGCCCUGAAAGAAAGACGAUACGAAGAAAACAUGGCUAGAAAGUCCACAGAUAAUUAUGCUUUUUCGUGAUAAGCAAUAUCAGUUAAGAGUCAGUUUUCAUUUAUCUUCGCAAAGAAUUCAUUCCUUUUUCAUGGAUUUGCUAAAAGUUUUCAUCAUUAAAAUAACAAGUAUUGAUCAUGUAUACAUGCAAGUCAUGCAGUGAUUUUGAGUGACAUACCAUAAAAUGGGUACAAGUAACAAAUAGAAUACUUCAUACCAUGAGAAAGCGAUAUUUAUCAAUUAGACAACAGAAAGUCGCGCGCCCAUGGCGUUAUAGACGCACGAGAGAAAAUAUAAAGAACGAUUAACAAGCGUCAAGAGUGUCACGAGGCGUAGUUCUUUAUAUUUUCUCGAGUGCGUCUAUUACGCAAUGGGCGAGCGACUUUCCGUUGUCUAAUUGAUUUAUAAUAUAGUUAGAAUCAAGAAAAGAUGAACCGUGCAGCCCAUGGGGAAAUAGUUCAUAGAUUUCCAACCAAUCAGAGCGCGCGUUAUAGCUAAAGUAUGUUAAAAUAGAUUGUAAUCUCUCUUGUCUACCAGGUGACAAUUGGAAUAUUUCAUGCCACAAGGAAGUAAUUUAUAUGACUAUUUUAUCCCACUCCAAUAAGUAUACAACUAGGCAACAAUGCCUGAUGGGAGUAACGAUAUCCUGCAUUCUGAUUGGCUAUAUUUUUAAUGGUAUGCCUGUGAGCACCAGUUUGUCGAUAACGUCUACAAAUGGUUUACUAUAUACACCUAAUUCAAAAAAACGUUGUCGUCGCCAAAGGCGAUAGGUCAUUCCGAAUGGAAAUGGCUUCCUUGAAUACAAAGACAUCGAAUCAAUCUCAGCACGAAGGUCCAUACUCUUGACGACAAGAAGAAGAAGAGACACAAGUCAUUCCAGCUAUUCUUGGAUCUUGGAAUGACAUAUACAUAUAUCCUAUCGCUUUUCGCCUAUCAUCUAUUACCUAUCGCCUUUGGCGAUGACAACGUUUUUUGAAUUAGGUGUAUAACAGAAAUAAAUAACGAACAACAACAAACCAAUACGAAAAUGUAACUAAAAUGUACACAAGGCGAUACAAAUAUCAUGUGUUUAUUCAGGUUUUUCAGGUCAGACGCUUUUAGCCUGCGUUGUAAUGAUGAUCUGGCAAAACUCCCGUUUUGAGCCAAAUUUGGUGCUUUCUUCACAAAGUGAACAUGGAUUUUGUAUUUUAGCCUCGUAGUCACACUACCCUGUCAGUGGCUGGCGAUAACUUUAUUUCUAGAUCUGAAUUUCAUUAGUUGAUUAAAAUCUCCAUCUGUGCCAAAUUUGUUGCUUUCUUCACAAAGUAAACAAUUUUGCUAAGAUAUUUCGCCAAAUGCAAGCUUUGGCUUUUUUCCUUCAGUUUGCCUUUAUAUUUUUUGGAGUACUGCAGAUAUGCUAAUCAAUGCUAACAAGUAUUGUGUUUUGUCAUGCAGUCCUGGUUACAAGAAAAUUAAAACUAGCCAUUAGAAAGCGUG